AUGGGCCCCUGGUCCUAUGUGGAGCUGGAGGCAGCACGUGGCAUCAUGUUCUCUUCGGUCAGCAAAGCUAAACUGUCAGAGCUGUAUGCUCGGUGGGGCGGCAUCCCACGUUACGUCCUGAAGUACGCAGCCAACCCCGAACUGCAGGAGGAGCUUGAUGCAGCGGUGGCAACCGUUAAUAUGGAUCUCUUGUGGAAAUCCGUAGGCAACAUUGAGGCUGCACCGGAUGUCAGCCACAAACUGAUCCACGUCGAGGUGGAUGAGAACUGCAGCAGGAAACGCCUAGUCUUUGGCUCCGGGAUGAUCGGCCAGCGUGUGAUGCAGGAGUUGCAUCGGCAGGGUACUGCUGAGUUGGCCAAAUUCGUUAAGUGGUCCGCUGGCAGACCAGAUUUGGCCUCACUUAGAGGCAUAAUGUUCCAGGGGCUAGCACAUUACUUGCUGUGCCGGGGCGGCUCGUUUCGUAUGCGCAGCCUUUCUAACCCCGGAGAGCAGGAGGUCAGCCUGGAGGUGCCGGAAAUGGAGUUGAUGGAGGUGCAGGACAGCGACCUCAAAAAAAUCAGCCCCACAACAAAAGGAUCUGGGCUCCUGGUGCCGAAGGCAGAAGCAGCGGCAGCUGGACAGAGCUCCCUGCCUCAUGAGCAUACAAAGCAAAUCGCCUUGAAGUGGCGGCAGCUGUCACAGCCUGAGAGAGACUACUGGAACGCGCAGAGCAUGCAACUCCGGGAGCACCAAACGGAGCACUGAAUGUUUGAAUCCCAGGCAGGCGUGAUGAAGGAGGCCGCUGUGUGAAUCUGUGUGAAUCUCUGGCAGCCGUGUGACUUGUGCUGCAUGUAAUCUGAUGAAGGGCCAAGGGUGCUGUGUGAAAUCCAACACGCCCUACACCACACACAUAACGCAAUGCCCUCUAAGACCGAGAAUUCAUGCACUUCUUCACAUACACUGAAUGAAUGAAGGUUACAGCGGACCCCGUGCAAGGAAUCGUCGGUGCAAUGCAUCCCCGCAUCACAAUGCCCGAAAGUUAACAGUAGCUACAGCCCGCCAGCAGAACACCCAAAAAUGCAGAGACACCCAGCGGGACACCACUACAAGGGGCAAACAAGGGGCAACAGCGACGCAUCACGACUGCACCGGAAAAGGAUAAAGCAAAACUCGGGGGAAGUCACCUACACAGGCACCUCAGGACACACUACCACCACCUACACACAGCGCUCCAAGGGGGUGGCGCUUGCAUCAGCCAGAGCUUUGCUCGGCUCACCCGAGCCACCAUCUGCAAUUCAACUUGGCCCACCGUGCCGAGGGCCACGGGGCAGACCCAGAAGUGAUGCGGCACGACUUGACCUGCCAGACCUCUUUGUCUUGGAAUCCUGGUUCCUGUAGUGAGCCUCCGUUACAUCUCUUUGUGUUUUCAUGAGUGACCGCUGCAUUGCUCGAUUGCGUUCGGUUCCGGAUGGUUCCACUUGUUCUUAACUUUUUGUUCACCGUAUUCUUGAUGAAUUUCGUAAAGCUUUUCAG